GUCAUGGUGAUGGCAUAAUUGUCAGAACCAGAUGGAGUCACUGUUGCAUCUUCGAGUUUAGGUUGAAAUGUCAUCACUUCUUUUCUGUUGACUUUAAAGCGUUCAGACAGAAGGAGGGUCCUUUAGGGUCAUGGACAAUCAAAACAAGGAUGGAGAUUCUGACAGAGAGUCUUAUGGGCUUAAGUGCUGGGCAGUUAGUGUAUGUGGGGGUUACCAGAUCUUUCGCAUUGAAAACAGAUGCUUGCAGAAAUUUCGCUGGUAAAAAGAUUUCAGAGUUAUUGAAGGCUUUGGCUAACAGGAAAUCACCAACUUUUGUCCCCCGAAACAUCAGCUCCACCCUACAGAACACUGGGACAGGCACUUCUAACACUAAUGGGACUUUUAGAUCAAGAGCCUUCCUCCCUGAAAACAUCAGCCAGUUGUCCAAGUGUCAGUUUAAAAGGCGGGAUCACCUAAGAGAAAGCUUACCUGCCUCUGUACCUGUUCUUGCCCCUAUCACUGGAGCGGGCUCCUCUCAGGAGGGACAACUGCAGCCCAGUUUACCAUCCUCAAAUCCUGUCAUCCUUGCACAUCUGAUGCUGCCCUCUGACUCGGUCUGCUCUAUUGAAGGAGAGCACGAGAUGCAUCCACAAAUCCUGGGUGUGCAGGCUUGGACCACACAGCAGCUCUGUGACCCACUGAGGAUGCUGCCUGAACAGUUUCCCCAGACUGGGCCAACCAGUGAAUGGUUCUUUGAGGACUUGACGGACCUCCAGUGGAAGCUGUUUUCAGGUGCCUCAAAGAAAUCUGGAGUCCCGAGAAACUCUCAGACAGCUAGGAAAACUCAUCAGAACCCACAUCUUUACCACUCAGUUGAAGACAAAGACAUAGAAAAGAUAAAAUCAAAUUGAAACCAGCAAAUAGUUUGCCUGUUUUUUUACAUAGCACUUGUGUGUGUGACAGAUCAUAACUGCAGCACUUACAAAGACACGAACAAAACACAAACAAGAUACUCUUUACACAUGAUCACUAUUUAAGGAGUCUUAUGUUCAAAUAUUAGAUAGCCAGCAUACAGAAGAUGACAAAAAUGAUGUCUGAAAACACACAUCCAAACAGCUUUAGCAAGCUGUCUGAAUAUGUAACUUCCUUCUCAUUGGCAGUGAUGCAUUCAGAAAAGGCCAACAUUUAUUUUGUGAUCAAAAAAAGAUGAACCAUCCAA